AUGUCGGCACCAGCCUAUUCAGAAGUACCCCAGCAGCCAUACUCAGAUGGAGAGGCAAGGCAGUUUGGAGACAAUGUCCCUGACGAUUUCAAAUACUCAGUGGACGUAGCAGCGUGUGAGUUACCAGUGCGUCAAUUGUUUAUUCGUAAAGUUUAUUCGCUUUUAUCAAUCCAAUUGAUGGCUUCGGUUGUUGUUGGAUAUAUUAUAAGGUCGUCAGAUUCGAUCAAGAUGUGGACUUUGCAAAAUCCAUGGGUUUUGAUAAUUUCAUUGGUGGGUGCUAUUGGAUUUAUGAUUGGAGCUUUUUUCAAGGCUAGGUCAUACCCUGUGAAUUUGAUCUUACUAGGCGGAUUCACAUUAUUUGAAGCAUUUAGUUUGGGUUUUGCGUGUGCGUUCAUUGAGAGCGGAAUAUUAAUCGAGGCCAUUUUGUUAACGCUCAUCAUUUUCAUUGGUUUAACGUUAUUUGCUUUUCAGACCAAAUAUGAUUUUGUUAGUUGGCAAGGUACAGUGGGGAUGAUGUUGUGGGGUCUAAUUGGCUGGGGUUUCAUUAUGAUGUUUUUUCCAGCAAGCAAGCUUAUUGAUAAUGUAUACUCCUUGAUUGGUGCACUUGUUUUCAGUAUCUAUGUGAUUAUAGAUACACAAAACAUCAUGAAGACAUGCCAUUUGGACGAUGAAGUGAUUGCUACAAUCACGUUGUACCUCGAUGUGAUUAACUUAUUCUUAUUCAUUUUGAGAUUGUUAAACAACAACAGCAACAAUGAUUAA